AUGGCCCCGGUCGUGCCCAAGGCGUCGCUCACGCCGCUCCUCAAGAAGCUCGUGCCCGCGUGCUUUGUCAUUGGCAUGGGCAUGGAGGUCUUCAUGGUCAAGACGGGCUUCUAUGACAUUGUUGCUCGCAACGAAGCCGAGAUCCGCGCCAUCAAGCGCGCCGAGCGCGACGAGUACCUGCGGCGCAAGGCCCAAGACGAAGCGACAACCACUGCUUAA